GUGUUCUAAGAGUUGGAGCUGUGAUAGAUGAGUCCGGCAGGUCUUCUAAAACCUCCCAGUAAUGAGCAAUUUGUGUUAAACCACUUCACCUUGUUGUCCGGAGAGCCUCUGGCAAAUCUGUGUAAAGAACCCUGGUUGCAAUUCGUAGCUAUGGGGUUAUUAGCAUGUGGACUAGGUGGCAAAACUUCAAAUGUGAGUGGCAUUUCUAUGGAUGUUCUGCUAACUGAGGGUGGUUCAGAACGGAUCUGUGAUUUCUCUUCUGAUAGUCAUUUUUAUAGUGCUGUGAAUAGCAUUAUAAAUGUGUACCUAACUUUGGAUUGCUUGAUCUCUGUUGAAACUUGAUUGUUCAAUGUGAAUCUGGCAAAUUUAAAGGGGAGCUCUUCAAAUGAUGUACAGACAUCAAGUGUCACUGGUGUCUUGGUCCUUGAGUGAUGCAUUGCAAAAUUGCAAAAUGUCUUCAUUGCCUUGAAAUAAAGAAUUGCUCUGAGGUGCUUACACUAGCGUAUUUUAAGUGGCUAUUGUGGUAUGGUGUGAUCAAUUUCUUGGCUAUAAUGUAAAGUGUUCCAUAAUGUUUGAAACUGGUUCUGCGUAAUUUUUAUGUAUAGCACAUGCCAGUUGUCAACGUCUUGUCUUCAAUUUCAAUCUUGCAAAAAUUGGAAUGGUAUACUGAUAUCUAACAGACAGUUGUUUACAUGGCUUUGGCAAAGCUGUAGGUUAUUACUAAUGUAAUAAAUAGCACCUGCUUUUAAUCUCCUUAAAGCAUAGGUGUUCUGAGGGUUUACAAUGCCCUUACGAAACAGUAUUUGGUGUUUUGGGAUCUAAUGAUUGAAUUGUGGCGUUAAAUUGCACUCUCUUUUUAGGUUGGUUGUUUCCGCAGGUCUCCAUUUUGUACCAAUCACGGAUGUGUGUUUGGGAUUUCUGGGGGUACAGGUCUACAAAUGAAGCAACUUCUUGUGCCUGUCCUUGUUUCAGCUGAAGGAUUGGUUCAUGUCUAUUUAUGGCGCUGACUAUCUUUUUUGGAAUUAGCUAUGGUUAUCUAAAAUACUUUUGGACACUGUUGUUCUCCAGGUCCAACAUGUGUACAGUUUUCCAAAAAUGUUAAUGUUCUUCAGAAAUUGCUGUUAGCUGAGUGGGCAACACCUAGUUUUUAGUGUAGGUUCUAUUCAAAGGUGUGGCUGAACAGUUGUAUCAUAGUGGUUCCAAAUACAUUUACCAAGGAACAUGGCUUUUGUAAGGGUGAACUCGUGGUUUUGUAAGAGUCCGCUAACUUCAACUGUCAUUCUGUCAACUUUAUCCUCACUUAGAAAAUGGUUCCUUAAUGAUGGCAACUCAUUUGAUUAGAGGGCUGGUAGCUAUUUGAAGAUUGUUCUCUUUAAUCUAUUGUUCUUGGUGUUCGGGGACUCCGCAAGGACAGGCUAAGAAGUCAUUUUAAGAUCCAUAAAGAGCUUGCCUUUUGUAGACCUGUACAAGAAUUGUGCUGCUGAGGUGCUCGGGGGAGGCUCUGGAGUAGCGGGCCGAGCUCACGGUCACCAACCGCUUGUUUGUCUGCUCUAAACCCCCAUUGUUCUCUCGGCUUCUCUCCCUUGGUGUGUGUCGUCUGGAAUCUGAUUUGUAGUGGUGAGGUUACGUACGUGGAAACACUUAUGGACGGAGAAGGCAAAUCGAGGGGCUGCGCGGUGGUUGAGUUCAGGACUGAGGAACUGAUGAAGAAAGCUGUGGAGAAGGUCAACAAGCACAGCUUGAAUGGUCGACCCCUGAAGGUCAAAGAGGAUCCAGAUGGUGUAAUUGCCCAGAGGGAUGCCCACAGAGCCCAAGGUGGUGGAGGUGGUGGUGGUGGACCCCCUGGAGGCCAUGGAGGAAUGAACAUGGGGAUGAACAUGGAUCGCAUGAACAUGGAACGGAUGAACAUGGAUCGCAUGGGCCCGGGCCCUGGUGCACCACCCAUGGUCAAUAUUCCUCCCAGCCUCAUGAACAACCCCAACAUCCCCAACGAAAUCAUCCAUGGCCUGCAAGCUGGCAAGAUUGGCAGCACUGUCUUCGUAGCUAAUCUGGACUACAAGGUUGGCUGGAAGAAGCUAAAGGAGGUGUUUGGCAUGGCAGGAGUGGUGGUGCGUGCUGACAUCCUGGAGGAUAAGGAUGGGAAAAGCCGGGGUAUGGGCACUGUCACCUUUGACAUGCCUAUUGAAGCUGUCCAAGCCGUCAGUAUGUUCAAUGGUCAGAUGCUUUUCAAUCGGGUGAUGCACGUCAAGCUGGAUGAAAAGUCCUUGCCAAAGGGUGAUUUUGCACCACCUGAGAGACCCCCAGCACUACCCCGUGGCCUGAGUGGCAUUGGGCUAGGCCUGGGGCCAGGAGGCCAACAUGAUGCCACUGUGCUGAACAGAGGAGGUGGAGGAGGCGGCGGAGGAAUGGGCAACAUGGGCCCUGGAGGCAUGGAUGGCAUGGGCUUUGGUGGCAUGGGUAGAAUGGGAGGCAUGGAUAAUUUUGGUGGUGGAAUGAACAACAAUCGCUUUGGGCCAUCCGGAAUGGGCAGGAUGAAUGAGAUGGACCGUGGGAUUGGUGGUGCUUUUGACAGGGAGUUUGGCCGAAAUGAAAUGGGCAUGUCUCGUAAUAAUUUUGGAGAGUCCUUUGAAAGAGGAAUGGGUAACUCACUGGGCAUGGACCGCAUGAACUCUGGCAUGGAUCCUGGUAGUGGAAUGGACCGUCUGGGCGGGAUGGAGCGCAUGGGCAUGGAGAGGAUGGGACCGCUGUGUCUGAUCUUGGACAGGCUGGGGGGGUCUGGCUUUGACCGGAUGGGCUCUGGGCUGGACCGGCUGGGGCCCAGUAUGGACAGGCUUGGUUCUGGCCUGGACCGUAUGAGCUCCAGUGUGGACCGCUUGGGCCCAGCUGGGUUUGACCGCCUAGGCCCGUCCAGUUUGGACCGCAUGACCGCUGGCCUGGACUUCACUUCUCCAAUGGGGAUGGGGGACCGCAUGAACACUGGCAUGGACAGGAUGGGAACCAACUUUGACCGCAUGGGAACCGGUGGCAUCGACCGAUUCCCGGCCACUGGGCUUGACCGCAUGGGCUCCACCAUGGAUCGCAUGGGAGGUGCUGGUGUUGGAGGCCAGUUUGACAGGCCAGCUGAGAUGGAGCGUGGGGGCUUCGGAGGAAGUGGCUUUGGUGGGGCUGGAGGGCCGGGACCUGGAGCCAAUGCCAGGAAGGGUUGUCAGAUCUUCGUCAGGAAUUUGCCCUUUGACUUCACCUGGAAGAUGCUGAAGGAUACUUUCAAUACAUGUGGCAUUGUCCAGUAUGCUGACAUCAAGAUGGAGAAUGGCAAGUCUAAGGGCUGUGGUGUGGUUCGCUUUGAUAACCCAGAGACUGCAGACAGGGCCUGUCGCACUAUGAAUGGCUACAGGCUGAAUGGAAGAGAGAUUGAUGUCAGAAUUGACAGAAAUGCGUAAUUGUUAGACUAUUUAAUUGGGGUGCUGAGUUUUACUGCCCUUUCAUUUCUUAAUUUGUUAGGCGUUUGUAACUGUGCAAAUGUGUACUUUUAGUUAUUGCUUGUCCCUGCAUUUUUAGUGACCAAAUUUGUAUUUCUUUUAUUGUAAUGCUUCACUUCAUUGCCUUUUGUUCUUUAAGGUGUUUUGAUAAAUAUCAACAUUGGAA